UAUAAAUUAGUUAACAUUUACCUUAUUUAUCCGAAUUUAUUAUAAAAAACAAUAUAUUCCAACCUAGUCAUCAUCCCCAUUCAGUUAGCUACCAGUAUCAAGAACUUUCUCCAAUAAAAAAGGUGAGCGUCACAUGGAGAUAAAGCUACUCACAGAUUAACUUGAUUAAAGCCGUAUCUGAAAGAAAUGUCUGAAAAUCCAGUUAUGAUUUAAACGGUUUGAAUUAAUACAUCACUAAUUUGGUACCGCCUUCAAGCUGAUCAGAAGGCGGCACAUUUUCAUGAUUUUGAAGUGGGUUUUUUUUAAUAUAUUUUUUUUUUCCAUUUUUACCUUUUUAGGGAAGUCCCUUUUAGAGUUAAGCAUAGCGUGGAAGCUACUGUAUACUAUUGAGGAGUAACCUUAACUGUUUUUCUCUCCAUCAUGAGACCCCAAAUGACAGUCACGACCCAUCUAGAUGUAAAGUUCUUAUCAAUAUUAAUUAAUCAAGCUCAAACACAAGGUAUGUACUGUAAACCGUUGAGGAGUUCCCUCGUACUCUAUGCUUCAGCUCCAGCAUUAGAUCGACACCUGAUUUCAUUGAAUUAUAGUGAUUUAAAAUAUCUAAUGAAAACAUUAACAAACUUACUAGUUGCCCCUAUAAUAUUCGAAAGUUCCUUUCAAUUUCUCCAGGAUCCCAUCAUCAGAUCCUGUCAUGAUUAUUAUGGGACCAAUAGAAAGCUAACCAAUUAGACAUUAUAUCAUUCUAUAUAAACGUCAGUGUUACUACUUGAUUUACCUAUUUAAAUACCCAAUAAUACGAACUUAAUAAGCACCUGAUAACCUUUGAUUCAACGUUUUCUUGAACAAAGAAAUUUACGAUAAAAACGUUAUUAUUACCAAUUUCGUUAUUGUAUAGUUUCUUGUAGUUUAGUGUGUCACCUGGCGGUCUCCUCAGUAACUUUUAUAUUAAAUUUAAGUGUUUAAAUGGGUGAAACUAAAUUAAAUUAACUGGACAUAUAAUUUGCAAUCGAAUCCUCAAAAUUCAGUUCAUAAAACAUUGCAGAAUGAUCAUCACUAAAGGCAUGUUGUGGUUGAUGCUUGUGGUUUUAGCAGAUUUUCAAAUAAACAAUGUAGCUUCAGAUGUGGCAGUAAUUCUUAGACCUAUACGCCCAAAAGGAUUGCAGGUUCUUAUAAAAGCGGAUGGAAUGGUUCCUCAUUUUGUAUUUUUUGAAGGAGGAAUUUAUCAAGUUGGGAAAUCUACCCAGAAUAUUAGUUCAAUAUUUGACGUUGCAAUAAGACAAUACAAAGGGGGUGACAAUAGAUGGCUAUUUGAAAAUUAUGACGUUGAAUUGGAAGUAGGAAUGGUGAUCAAAUACCGUGUUUUUGUACCUAACGUAGUACAUGAUUUAAAUGUUGAAAACGAGCAAGGUACUCUAACAUUCAACGGAUUUAUACCAGACUAUAAGGAUUUUAUUGUUAUGAAACUGUUUGACCGUUUACCUUUUCCUUCUCCUGGUCGCUUUUGCAAGGAAACUGUCACCAAAGUCGUUGGAAAGCAAGUGUGCGCUGGUGACAUCAUUUUUGAAGACAAUUUCGACACAUUUCGGACAGACCUGUGGCAGAUCGAGCAGUAUAUACCCACAGACCACCCUGGACAUCCAUUUGUGUCAUAUCAAAGUCUUACGGCGGAUCCAAAUGUGUUCGUAAGAAAUGGAAGCUUGCUCAUUGUACCCAAACUUCAGGAGGACUUCCUGGAAAGAAAUCAGUCAAUUGAAACUGGAUUUCUUGAUUUAGGAGAUGGAUGUACAAGAAGACAGUGCUCAAAAACGGCUUUUGGGCCGGACAUAUUACCGCCAAUAGUGAGCGGGCGACUGACCAGCAUUGCCUUCGCCUUCACCUACGGGAUUGUAACCAUAAGAGCCAAGAUCCCUCAAGGGGAUUGGCUCUAUCCAGAAUUUCUCGUUGAGCCUUUAACAAAAAAAUACAUCGGCGAAAAGGAUUUACAGAGUUUGUUACAGGUGUCAAGUAUAAUCCAACUUAUUUCAGGCAUUAAGUAUCUCAGAAGUAACGCUUGUUUUGAGAGUCGUUCAGACCUGAUUAGACGAAUCCUGAGUGACGAGCAUUGGAGAGAAGAGUUUCACGAAUACGUAUUGAGGUGGACGCCAGGUGAAAUAGAACUUUUAGUGGAUAACGAACUUUAUUUACGAACAAACAUGAGGUCGCUAAACCAAUGCCACAGGGACCAUCUAAUUGGCUUCGUCCCUAGUUUCAACGAUUACCGCCAGCUGUCGUUGGGUGUGGGUGCCGGGGGUACUCACGUGUUCCCCGACUCCAUCGUCACCGACGCCGGACACGUCAAGCCUUGGCGCAACGCAGACGCCAAAGCCAGCCUCAAGUUCUGGCGGAACAAAUACCAAUGGUUGCCGACUUGGAUUGCGCCGAGCCUAGAGAUUGACUACAUUAAAGUUGAAGCUUUAUAAAGCUCUUAUAAUCGAAA